AUGGGGGGUUUGGGCGGUGAGGGGAGAGGAGCGGAAAGUAAUGGUUUUAUAGCCUCUCGUGCUUCCCGAGGCAUGCAGGUCGACCUCGACCGUGCACGCGCUCUGCGCGUUCUCGGCCGAGGCGCCAUGGGCACCGUCUUCCUCGUCGAGGCCGACCCGGCGCGGCCCGGCUGCGGCCGCUACGCCCUCAAGGUCUUCGACAAGCGCUCCGCCGGGCCGACCAAGCCCGACGCCGACCGCCGCGCACGGUGGGAGGUGACCCUGCUCUCCCGCCUCGCGCACCCGUACCUCCCGUCCCUCCUCGGCAGCGCUGAGACGCCCGACCUCCUCGCCUGGGCCGUCCCCUACUGCCCCGGCGGUGACCUGAACGAGCUCCGCUACUCCCUAGCUGACCGUGUCUUUUCUCCGGCCGCCAUACGCUUCUACAUCGCCGAGACUGUGUCCGCGCUCGCCGACCUCCACGCCUCCGGCAUCGUGUACCGCGACCUCAAGCCCGAGAACGUGCUCCUCCGAGCCGACGGCCAUGUUACCCUUACCGACUUCGACCUCUCGCGCCUCCUCCCGGCUUCUACCUCCUCCCCGUCAACGUCGCCUCCUCCUCAGGUGAAGCCCGUCUUCCACCACGGUCACCGCCGGGCGCGCGCCUCCGCUGCUGGCCACCACGCCAAGCGCGAGUCUUCGUCUGCGGCCGCGUCGACGCCGAAGCUGCAGCAGUUUCAGAACCUGGUUCGUUUCCUGCUGCGAAGCAACGGCGCCGCCCCCGAGCUGGCCAAGAAGACCAAGUCAGCGCGCGUGUCCCCCGUGAGCCGGAAGGCCGCAUGCCUCGGCGCGGCGUGGGGCAGGUCGUACUCGUUCGUCGGCACGGAGGAGUACGUGGCGCCAGAGGUGGUGAGCGGCGACGGCCACGGGUUCGCCGUGGACUGGUGGGCCGUAGGCGUGCUCGUCUACGAGAUGGCGUUCGGCCGCACGCCGUUCAAGGGCAAGAACCGCAAGGAGACGUUCCGGAACGUGCUGCACAAGGAGGUCGAGUUCCCGGGCGACACCCAGCGCCGGAUGCCAGAGCUGACCGACCUCAUCUCGCGGCUGCUGCAGCGGGAUCCCGCGAGGCGGCUCGGGUACGCCAGCGGCGCCGACGAGAUCCGGGCGCACCCGUUCUUCGCCGGGAUGGCGUGGGACAUGCUCGCGGAGGUGACCCGCCCGCCCUACAUCCCGCCGCCAGCGGAGGACAACACAGUCGAAGACCAGGGCUUCGACGUGAGGGAUUACUUCAAGAAGCUCCACCAGCCGCCGCCGCCGCCGCCUCCAGAGUCGGGCUCCUCGUCGUCGUCGUCGUCGUCGGACUUCUCGUCGGUGUUCUGA